CCCUGGAGAAGCUCCAUGCCCAGCCGUCCUCCAGCUGUGGCCCAGUGGAGGUGGCCCUUCCUGGGCUGGUGUUCGACCUGAGCUCCCUGGUCCUGUACGGAGCUCAGGCCGUCCCAGUUCGUCUGAAGAUUCUGUUGGAUCGUGUCUACAGCGUGCUGACCCCAGAGCAGGUCGGCCACAUCCUGCACGCACUGGGCUGGAGUUUGGGAGAUUAUGUCCGAGGGUACAUGCUGCAGAAUCCCGGUGGGAAGGUGUUGGACCGCUGGAUGAUGGUGACUCCUGAAGAGGAGCUGCUCAUCCUCAAACAGUUCCUUCGCUUUGGCGAGACCCGCCCCAUCGUUGAGCUGAUGACGCUUCAGUGCCUGACAGCUGUCAAUUGCCUCUCAGAUCCGCAGCUAAGGCCCGCCCCAAAGAGCUGCCAGUCAAACAUCAGCACGUUCAUUGAGUGUAACAGAGGAACGCCAGGGAAGUUCAGGAGCCCGAGAGAAGACUCACAUUUAGUGGCUGGCGUCUGUCGUUUUGAGAAAAGCGGUGUCGCUGACGGCACAGACACGAUCCAUCAUUUUGAAAACUCUCAGAGCGGACUGUCUUUGCUUCUGCCUUUCCAUUUUCCAAGCUCCACCUUCCCGUGUUUGGUUCCUGCCACCAAGAGACGCAGGCAGGACGAAGAAAGAGACGUUCAAGGGAACGGUUCAAUCCCGCAGCAAACCAAAGAUGAUCAAGCUUUAAAAAUCAAAGCCGAUCCAGACAAGCUGAACCCAGCCCAGUCACUGUGGCAACCGAACCCUCGCAUCCACAGCGACGAGGAGCUUGACCUGGGAGGUCGGAAAGGAAGGGUCUGUUGUGGCGUUUGUGGGAAAAGCUUCUAUGACAAAGGAACGCUGAAGAUCCACUACAACGCUGUGCACCUGAAGAUCAAACAUAGCUGCACGGUGGCGGGCUGCACCAUGGUCUUUAGCUCGCUGCGAAGUCGAAACCGCCACAGCGCCAACCCAAACCCACGGCUACACACCGGUUCUGUCAGAGACCCACAUCCCCAUCGAAACACACAGCCCGAAGCACACACACGGGAAAAAGAAAGAAGCAAAACAGUUUGGCAACCGGAUGACGACACACACAGACUAGUGCAUGUACACAACUUCAGAAACGGGUUGAACCGUCAGUCAAACCUCCACCGGGACAACAUGUCCUCUGACUCCCCUCUGCCUUCCCCUCACCCUCCACCGCUGGUCAACAGCCAAAACUUCACCCAGAGUGACUCCAGCUGCAGAUCCGACCUGCACCUCCAGGUGCUGCCUCACCCUCCACCCCGAGUUCAAGCUCUCAGUGCUUCCUCUGUGGGCUCAACAUCCCUCGUCUCUGCUCCUGCAGCGGAGAUAACCGAACCCUGUCGACACCUUCUGGGCCUCAACACCAACCACACUGCACCUGCCCCCCUCCACGACCAGGCCCCUGUUGCCAUGGAAAACUGCAACACGCAAUAUGGCCGCACCGAAGGAAAACACGACGAGAUAGCCACUCAGCAGCAGUGGGAGUCCGGUGACUCCAUUCCAAAGAAGAAGCCCAGGAAGUCGAGCAUGCCGGUGAAAAUAGAAAGAGUGAAGCAGGAGGGGAGGAGAAACGUGGAGGGGGAGGAGGGCUGA